UUAAUUACGUUCAAAUUCGUUCUCGCAGUAUUAGCGAUCGAGUGUAUUAAAGCACGUUGCAAAAGUAUCGUAUCGAAAUCGAUAAAUAACUUACUCAUGGAAAAUUUGAAAGGAUGAGAGCGUACGCAAGGCAUACAGAUGAAAAAAUCAACUGUGACGUCGAGUGAUAUGAUAGUUGAGAAAUAAACUGAACUCGUACACGAAACAAACUUGCUUAUCUAAUGAACGUCAAACUAGCAGAAAGACGUUACUCUAGCAAGGACAAGAAUACAAGCAACGGUGUGGAGAACUGGGAAGCAGAAAGGGGGAUAAAAUAGGCCACGCGGCCCCUAAUUUAAGUUUUCUUCUACGCAUCUGUUGAAAAACAAUGGCAACGGAAAAGGAUUUAAUUAAUGCUGUAAGGGAAUCACUUGUACGUACUGGAGAACUGUCUCGUAUGAAGGCUGAAAUGCACACAAAAAUCAUACAAAUAUUAGACAAUUCGAACAGUGGGAACAAACAGAAAUUACCAAUACCACCGCAAGAUAUUACACUUCUGAAUGAACUUAUUCGUAACUACCUAGAUUGGAUGGGGUACAAAUAUAGUUCUACUGUUUUCAUAUCAGAAUGUAAUUUACCAAAGCAGCCACCGGAUAGAUUUUUAAUCACCCAAAGUUUAAGAGUAACAGAAGACGAUAAUGGUAGAGAAUUACCACUACUUUGCAGUAUCUUGGAAACAAUAAAAAACAUAAGAAGCACUUGAAUAUAUUAAAUUAUUUUUCCAAUGAAAUAAACAAGAUUAACGUCUUAAAGAAGUUUGAAUCGAAUUUAAUAGAAUUUGACACGAUCAACAAUGAUUUUGGAAACAAUGAAAUUUUCAUAUUUCGCACGCGCACGAUAUUUUAUUCAACAAGAAUA